AUGCAUGAGAAGCAUGUGGCUUCAAAAGAAGAAUAUGACAUGGGAUUAGUGGAUAGAAAACUAUUGGACUUUGGAAUUUUAAUGAAGGAAGCCAAACGUAUUACAAGGUGUAUUGGAUGUGAAAGAGAAAUAAAGAUUGGUGUGAAAUCAGAUAAAGGAAAAGUAUGUGCUUUAGAAAUUAUUUAUGAAGAAUUCAACAGUGAGUGA